UAUUUAUAAAUUUUUUAAAGAGAUUAUCUUUUAAAAACAUUUAUUAUAGAAGAAAGCUUCCAACUGUAUAUUAUAUUGGCAUAAAUAGUAACUAUUUAUUUAUUGAUAUACAUUUUGCCGAAUAGACAAUUUAGAUAUUAAGGUGGUUCUUGCAGUACUUUGAAGUCACAAAGGCAACUAUUGUUACAUGCGCGCGCGCAAUCGCACUUUCGCAAAAAUUUAUUCGGCGGAUCCAAAGGCAAGUUCCACGCGCGUUUGGCUCGUAGCCUAUAUUUUAAAGUUAUUUUUAACUCUAUGCUGUGAACAAGUUUCAAGAGAACUAGAAGAUUUCAUACGGUCCGUUGAUUCACUUUCGUAUCUUUCGUUAACAUUAAUUUCGUUUGCAAAUGGUAAUCGAUGGAGCUUAUAAACUGUUCGGCGACAAAACUUUCUUCAAAAAACUGUUGCGGUCGCGAGGCUGCGAUAGAUAGCGAUCUUGGAAGCUGUGAUCAUAUUUAUGCAAGUUUGGUCGAAUGCAAAAAAGAUAUAAGUACCGAAAAUUUUGUUGUUCAACCAAUAACGACGAUAAACAAACGAAAUGAAGAUUCCAGAAAGAAGUAUGCUUUUCAGUCCACGAAUUCAAACAUUCUACAUUCAUAUGAGCCUUCUCCCGUUUUCCUUCGUAAAAUGGAUAACGAAAUCUAUGAAGAACCAAGAGAAAUAACAGAUCCAUAUAAAUCGCACGAUUUAGACUUUCAAUGUCCCAGAUGCGAGCGAAGAAUGGAAGAGCCUAGGCUUCUUCCUUGUUUACAUCCUAUAUGUUUAUCAUGUGUUUAUGAGUUGAUGAGUAAACCUUCGUAUGUUUCAUUGAAGAACGAAAUGCGGGAUAAUAAUCAAAUUUAUGCGCAACACAAUAUUCAAGAAACAUGCCCGUUAUGCGAUUCCUAUUUGCCGAAUAUGAAUUCUAGCAUACCGCCGCCUCAUUAUCCCUUGCAACAUCGUUUAGUUAUGGACACUAUGCGACGAAAACUGGUCAAUAGAGUACUUUGUGACACUUGCACAAAUGAAGUUCUGGCGCUCGUACAGUGUUCCACAUGUUUACGUAAUUUCUGCUCGGAAUGUGGCAGACAACAUGAACAACAAAAUAUGGCGGAGACAAAAACAAUUAAACAUUUAAUGAGGCCACUGUGGGAAGCUACCAAAAUACGGCGGACCAUUUUAUGUCAAACACAUCUAAUGCACGCUUUAAGAUUUUAUUGUAUCGCGUGUCAGCAGGUAACAUGUAAAGAAUGUAUGUGGAGUGCGCAGCACAGAGGUCAUGCAAGUGAGGAUGCACUUGGAGUGGGAAGGAGAGCUAGUGCAUACUUAUCAACAAUGUUGCAAAAAGCAAGAAUAUUUCUAAAUACUUUGUUGAUUCAAUAUGAUCAUAACAUAUUUUCAAAUAAUGGUUCCGAAGAACUGCAAAAUGUAGCCAAGGCUUACAGGUAUGUUCAUUUAUUUAGUUUUAUAUUAUAAAUUAGUAAUUAUAUGUUGUUAUUCAUUAAAUGUAAUUAUGUGUUUGUGAAACUCUACAAUAUUUUUUUCAAAAAUUUAAAUUUUGUUACUUUUUAAUUAUAUACUAAAGAUAUCUAUAUAACAGUUUAAUACAUGGAAUUCUAAACAAA